UACCCUGCCACAGCAUUCUAGCUCUCCGUCAUGUACACCAUCUGACACCCGGAGACGAAACGAUGAACUUUCUCUUGAAUGUCACGCUGUGUCUUUGCUUUCGCCACUUCUUCUGCCAGUCCGUGACCCAGAGCCCGACAGUGGUAACAAGAAAUGAAUGCCAGUCCCUUACCAUCACAUGCAAGUUCCGUCCUGAUCAGCAGAAAUACAAUCAUUUUGUAACUGGGCAUUUCUUCAAAUAUACGCAGCAAAGGACGGACUGGGAGCGUAUCUACACAGGAGGAAGAUAUAGUAUAACAGAAAAUAAAGCAGAGAUGACAGUUACCUUGAAAAUUACGAAUCUCGUAGUUAUGGACAGCGCCACCUAUUUCUGUAAAGUUGAAUAUAAAUAUACACAGAGCUUCACGGUGAAUUACGACACUCGCUACCUUGAUGGAACCGGGUCCAAAGUCACUGUCACAGUCGAUCCAUUAUCCCUGGUGUCCCAGAGUCCGCCUCUACAAUCUUCUAAUUCUGAAGACGACGUCACAUUAAGCUGCAAAUAUUUCGGAUUUUGUACAUAUACGGUACACUGGUUCCGGCAGUUCAAAGCAAAGCCUCCAAAACUUCUGCUCCAGGGCCACACUUCUGGAGAACAGGAUCAGGAAAAUGCUACCGAAAGACACUUCUUCAGUUCUCUUGAUCGUGAGCAGAAAAUCAGCAAGUUACUGAUCUCAAAACUGCAAGUAAGCGACUCGGCUUUGUACCAAUGUGCCAUAAGUCGGCGAGGAGCACAGUGA